UGGUAUUUUGGCUUCGGGAGCCCCGCUGUUGCUGGGUUUCUGGAGUCUGUGGCGGAUGAUACAGGAGGGGCGACGUUGGAUACGUCCAUGCAUGGCCUUAUAAGGGAGCAGAUACCUGACCUUAUUCGAAUAUCCUAUACAGGGCCGUCUGCUGAUAUUCGGUCUACGGCCAAGGAUAUACUGUCGGAUCUGAAGACAAAGAAAGGGUUCCGUGUACCCCACAUCCAGCUCCAGUCUCCUAGUUUUUCCAUAAGCAUGGAGCAGAUUCCGCACAUUGAAUGCAUCCGGGAUGAACCAACGGAAGGUGAACCUUUCUACACAACCUACGCUUUGUUCCGCGAAUACUGGUUUCAAUGGGGGAGACUUGAAAAUUACAUUUACAUUAUGGGAUUCCAUCCCGAAUACCUAGAGUGUUAUAUGAAAAUCCAGGCUCAUCUCUUCCACGGAGAUUUGCCGUUACCCUAUCCAGAUCGGCAUUACCUCGCUGUAAUGGUGAGUUCGCUGUUGCAGACUGAUGAAUCCGUUCGUUCUGCAAGCAAGUCCUGCAAGUUUUGCAAGCAACAUCUGCGCAUCAUCCGGGACCCACAUCCUCAGGCACCUCGAAACCAUUCUUCUAUGUCUCUGGCUGCCUUCAAUGUCCGCACUCUGAAGCAAGCGGCAGCCGAACACAAAUGCGUGUAUCUAGUCCUAUUGUUUGCUCGCCAAUUUCUCGCAUCGGGUGGAGACCCUACGUGGCUUCAGGGCAUUCAGCACGGACCAGUAAAGUGGCGUAAGCUGGCUGGUUUGAAUCACAAUUUAGCGAGCCAACCGUGGAUGGUGACGUGGACACAAAUCCACAAUCUUAUACAUGGUGGCGGUGCUCAGUCGCCCGGAGAGAAACUAUCACUGUCCGAACUUAUGCACGCUGUCGCCAUUAUGACUCAUGUGCAUUCAUUGGCCCCGUUCGUUUUUGGCUGUGGUAUUCGACCGGAGAUCGACCAACACGAGAGUUUGUGUAAUCUAGUUGAUCCUGUGGCCCAGACCAACGGGAACGGUGACGAACAGGAUGUGGCAGAUCAUACGAAUACUCACUGGCACACUUCCUAUACCCCGGAGUCACCGACCUCUAUUAGCAAUGGUGCAAACCCCACCCCGAAGAACCACGAAGUGUUAAAUGCGCCCACAGAUCGCCCCACCUCCGGAGUUUUAUCCUCAAACAGUGCUCAUACGGAUCAGCUUCCUGCCACACAGUUAUUGGAACUGAUUCAAACCGAGAACGACGUUGUAGAUGAAGUCAGCGAAGAUAUCGUCGCCGAGCAGUUCAUGGUUGUAACACAGUUAAAUAAAGACUUGGAUUCAGAAUACGACUCUUCUUCCCUUACUUGGGCUUCCGAACUUGUCAACACUCUCAGCCAACACCCAGCUAUCGCCCGUUUUGUUGAUCACCCAGACUCAGGAUUUGUCGACUUCGAAGGUAGACCCUUCCAUAUCGCGGAAUACUGCUGGCAAGAAGAAGGCUGCGCUCUUGCUGAUCGUCUCUGCCCUGACCUCGGCACAUUUCUGGACGAGAAGUUCCGCAACACUUACGAACUGACCUACAAUACGUUAAAUUUCAUCACCAACGUAGACACCACUUUAUACCGCCGAUCAGUUUGGAAUCACGUGCAAAGUUUGUUCGGGAUUUGUCAUGACGAAUUUCGCUACGACUGUAUCGAUCGACUAUUGAACAAGCAGCAGCGGGCUUUUUUGAAAUUGUGUGCCACUCGACCGGUCGCCAUCGAUCCAGCGAGACACCGAUUCGAAAAAUUGUUUCCAGUGCUUUCACCUUCAGAAGUGGUUCAUGUGAUACUUAUGGUCGUGGAGGCCAGACAGCAGGCCUGUCUCCUAUAUGCUCUCCGCGCUAUUUCCGAAUGCCAAGCGCGUCGGCCCUACUGACGAGUGUGUGGCGCAUCAGCCUAUUUCUUCACGUUUACUUGCGAACUUGUGAUGCGUCCUUCCAGAUCAACCGUGCAAACCCGUGAAAUAACUGUCUUCAUUAUCACCAUUUUCAUCAUUUGUGUAUCCCAUCCUAAUCCAUCCACACGCUCGUCUUUUAGGUAUUCAUUUAAUGUGCCAGAGCAUUGUCGGAUUCUUUAUGGUGUUACAAUUGAAUCAUGAUUUGCCU